UAUUACUCCAUUUUAAUGCAGGCUGUUCAACGGAUAUUUCAUCUUAGGGAGUACAAUGGGAGUAUUUCAUUUGUGCCCGCUCCCGGCUUUGAAGCUCAUGGAGAGCCAAGUGAACAGAAAGGUGAAUUCAUGGGCAAAGACAUCUGCAAUCCAAGCCAUGAUGAGUCUAGUAAGAUUCAGAAGUGUGGCUACCAAGGUCCCCGUGAUGACUCAGAGAACUUAAAUUGGAGGAAGAUUAAUGGUCCAUUUGUAUCAGUCUGGCUCCAUAACGUACCAUGGGGUGCUGAAAACACCAAGGCAGCACCUGAUGCCAAGUUCUCAGAUGGAUAUUUGGACUUGAUUAUCAUUAGGAGUUGCCCAAAGUGUGCGUUGCUAUCGUUGAUGACUGAACUCAAUAAUGGAAAUCAUGUCAAAUCACCACAUGUCUUGUACCUAAAGGUGAGUUCAUGGUAUUAGUAAUUGCCAAUUUAG